CCCACAGGGACAUCUCUCGAAGAAGAAGUGUCCUCUCCCCACAGACACUGUCCCAGUUACAACCUGUGUCUGUGCAGGGCGACACUCUGGUUUCAGGAAGUGGGGGGAGGCUUUCCCUGCCCAGCCCCAUGAAGGUCCUGAGCCCUGGAGCUGUUUGGAUGGGGCAGGGAGGUCCCUACCUAACAGGCUCUCUCUUUCUCUUCCCCAACCCCCCUCCUAGUGGGUGGAGGACAGGGCCAAACAGCUCUGCUUCCUCCAUGCUGUCCCGAGUCUGUGCUUCUCGGCACAGCAGCAGGGGCGGGACACCUGAAUUCCAUCGUCAACCUCGUCAUAGACAUUGUGGCAUGGAGCCCAGAAAUAAAUAUGGACCGCAAAGCCCUGCUAGUGGAGAAGAUAGCGGCUUUGCACAAGAGCUAUUCGCAGAGCCUGGACCCCAUGCUCAGGGGCCUGCUGACAGAGACCCCCACCACAGACAAGCUGCAGCACCUCUUGGAGCACAUCCAUUUCUGGAUCCAAUCUAAAAAGACCAAGGAGAGAGUAAGGGCCAUACAGAGCAGCGCUGCCCUGCUCGAAUUUGCCACCAUCCUGCCUGGAUUUGACACCUCCUCCGACUUCUCCAAGGCAGGCGACUUUGUACUGCAGCUGGGUCUCCGUGUAUCCCAGCCAGCCGACGACAUCAGCCGGCAAGCCAGGGGUGGGAUAUAUUGGACCGCAUCCAAGGAGGUGCAUGGGCGGCUGAGGGCAGUGGAAAGGAUCACCUUCCUGAUGAAAUUCAUGGCUUGUCAACCUAAAUACAAGUUCCAGGAUGGAGCGGCUGAAGCAGAUGCUCAGGAGGAAGGCCGGGCAGGUGGCUCCGGAGCCAGUGGGAAGGAGCAGCCGGCUUGCACAGGAAGAGAGCGGCCCCUCUGUCCCCGCGGGCAGGGAAGAAGCUUGUGGCCUGGCAAACAGGAGGAGCUCCCUGAACUGCUAGAGGAAGAGGAAAACACCAGCUCCCAUUGCAGGCUCUGAGACACCUUCUGGGCCCAAAUGGAGGUGGUCCAGGGUGAUGCUAUGUCGGAGGGAGCCAGGAGAGGGCGGGAGCCGGGCAAGGCAGCUCUGGGGCUUCCUUCACAGGAACCAGAGGAGCCAGGAGCCCAGCCCCAGGGCCCAGCAAGAGCCAUCCACCAACCUUGCAUUUCGGUUGACAAGCCAUUAAUUUCAUCAGGAAGGUUUGAUCUUUCCUCCCAGUUUUGUCCUGACUCUCCUUUCUCUCUGCCAAUAUCCACCAGCCUGGACACUGAGGAGCCCCCAGCCGACCCAGAGUAGGAAAUAGGCGACUCUGGCACCAGCACCAGCAGCUCCUCCGCGGGGUCUGACAGGCCUGUGGAUGAAGGCUCCCUCUUUGCAGGCUCUGGGAUCUGACCAUGUCGCCUCCAGCAAUGCAGCCUGCAGCUGGUCCACCUUGGGGAGCCAUGACCUCAUCCUGUGAAAUCGAGACGUGCUGGCUCUCAGUGAUGCUUAGACAGAAAACCACGUACCCCACACAGAGGAUUCCAGCCGGCUGUUCCAAUCCAGGAGGAAAACUGUGCCACUGAAAUCUCACAGCACCUGUGCAGUGAAGUGCCACUUAAACCCGCUGUGAUGCAUAGACCUUGCCCUGCUGUCUGCACAGGCCUGAGUUUCACCCCUUCAGAGUGUAAGGAAAUAAUUGGCUGAAGGCCUUUUUUUUUCUUUUUGGAUUUUGUUCUAGUGGGAAAGAACUAUGGGGAUUUUUAACCUGUAUUGCUCCCGUGACUGGUGCUUUAAUGAUGCAAAGUGCUGAUUCACUGGUUGAUUUUUUUUCCCUUUUAAAUCUACUCUCUUCUUCUUCUUUUAACAGGUAUUCUAAGGGCACCCCGUGCUUCAUAUGGGCAUUCUUGGGUGGGCAGAUUGCAUCAGACCUGCACCUUAAUAAAUAAUAGUGAAUGAAAUAUGCAGACACUAAAGUCCUGCAGACAAAUUCGCAGAAACCUUCCUCUUCAAUGUAGGACCAGGAUUUUGUAUUUAAUUGAUGUUUUUUAAAGUGCUGAGCAGAUGUUACACUGUAAGGAGAGGAAAUAGAAGUAAAAACUGAAAGAAUGUUACUUAAACCGGUGAACAGAUGCAGAGAGUGGAGACACAACAAAGCAAACAAAUGAAUACUGUGAGUAAAUAACAUGAAAGCAAAUGGGGGGGAAACCCUCAUCUGGGUAAUUGUGGCUCUUGGCACAAAGAUCAGGUUCCUGGUACUAGCCUGGCUGAAAGCAUCCCUUAUCCCUGGAUCCCAGACCUAGGAUACAGAUGUCAUUCUCUGUUUGGUGUCCUUAUUUUACUCCUAGGAAAAGGAUCCCCAAAGGAGGUGUAAGGAUCCUGGACUGUGGUACCUGUAAGCAGCUUCAGCCACCUUCACAGAAGCAGUCUGCUCAGUAAAUCCACCCACACGGACCUCAUCUCAGCUGCUUUGUUUAUCCGAGAUUAGUGGUAUCUUUGGAAAACGCUUAGGGUGCCGGGGUGUGAGGUGGAGCAGGUGAGACGGGAGCUCCAGCAGAUUCCCCUGAAGAACACCAUCCAUUGUGGAGGUGAAGACCGGAUGGGAGCUGCUGGAUUGACUUUGAUGUGCCAUGUCCUUGUGUGGAUGAAAGACCUACGUCUCAGAGAUUGCCAGCAGCAGAUGUAACACGUGUCCAGGAAUAGGCUAAACAACCUACAGUGAUAGAUCAUCAGCUGCGCAGCAGAAUGCAGGAGAGCUGAGUGCGGAUGGGCUAGAGGGGUCACAGGAGUCACCGCACGGCUGUGCAGCAGGUGCAGUGUCUGCAGUCAUCACAAGCCAAACCCUGCGCUCCAGACAACCCAGGCUCUUUCUCUGGAUUGCAAAGGGGACUUUAGCUUUAGCCGUUUUCAUGCUUGCAAUUAAAGGAAACCAGAUAUCUAGCUACUUGAGAGCCCCCUUGUUCCAGUCAGGCAGAAAAUCAGAGCUAGCAUGAGCACAAACCCUUACAGGGAAAAGAUGGAUUUUUAACCUAAAGCCAUACCCGGUUCAGCCACAUUUUCAUGACUUUCCAGAUGGGGCAGUGUAAGAAAUGGCUGGGCCUUUGCUUAAGAUUUGACUCACUGUGGAAUGGCACGUCACAUUACCCAGUGCUGGAUAACUAUGGACUGAAGGGCCUAUGGAACUGCAAAAUGACCAGCAAAUUAAACCGGAGGUGAUCUUUUAAAAAUAAAGU